AUGAACAAAGCACGACAAGGUACUUUUUUUGUUAACGACGUACCACAUUCUGUUCCAUUUUCCGUAAUUGAUUAUAAAGAUGAACAAAGAGGAUAUUCAUUUACUACGCGCUGGAAAGAUAAUUAUGGAAUUCGUGAAGAUCCAAGUGGAAAUGGAGUAAAUGGCAUAGUAUUACAUUGGGACGUAUGUGCAUCAGCAAGAGAUUGUUUUCGUGUAUUAUGUCAAAGAGGAGUUUCGGCACAUAUAAUGAUAGAUGGGGAUGGAAGCGUGUACCAAAUAUUAGAUUUAGCAAAAUUGGCAUAUCAUGCAAAGGGUUGGAAUCAAACUUCAAUUGGUAUAAUGUUACAGAACCCCGUUGACCCACCAAAUAAUGAUCGUAAUAGAAAUAUUACUGAAAGUAGAGAGCCUGGAAACAAUAAAUUACACCCUCAUUUGGAUUUUACUGAUGAACAAAAAGAAAUGAUAGUAAAAGUUUGUGAUGUCUUAUGUAAAAUUUUUCCUAAUCUACCAAAAAUCUUGCCUCCUCUUAGUGAUGAUGAUUUAAUUACUACUGCUGUUUUACCAAAAAGUGAGAGGGUUGGCAUUCUUGCUAAUUAUAAUGUUCAAAGUGGCACUUUGGGUCCUGGUGAUUCCUUAUGGGUAGAAUUUUAUCGAGCUAAUUUUCCAAUUAGAAACUUAUAA